AUGCCAUCGAGAUUCCGUCCAUGUAUAGACCUCCACGCCGGCCUAGUUAAGCAAAUAGUCGGUGGCACUCUGUCGGACUCAUCGCCCGAAUCACUUCGUACAAACUUUGUGGCCAAAGAGACGCCCGUUGAAUUUGCAUUGCUUUAUAAGACUUACAGCCUUCGAGGAGGACAUGUUAUAAAGCUAGGCCUAGGGAACGAUGACGCUGCGCGAUCGGCCCUUGGCGCAUGGCCGGAUGGUUUGCAAUUAGGAGGAGGUAUAACCUUAGCUAACGCCCAAGAGUGGAUCCAAGCCGGUGCAGCGAAAGUUAUCGUGACGUCGUACCUGUUUCCAGACGGAAAAUUCUCCUUGAAGAGAUUGGAAAAGUUAUCGGAAAAAGUUUCGAAAGAACGGUUAGUCGUGGACGUUAGUUGUCGGAGGACGAAAGAUGGUUGGACGGUCGCUAUGAAUAAGUGGCAAGAUUUGACUGAUAUGCAAGUGACCAAGGAGUCACUUGAUCUUCUCUCUGAGUAUUGCAGUGAAUUCCUCGUUCACGCGGCGGACGUCGAGGGCCUGUGUCAGGGGAUUGACGAGGACUUGGUAAAAUUUCUCGGCCAAUACGCAACUAUCCCGACAACGUAUGCCGGAGGUGCAAAAUCAAUCCAAGACCUUGACCUGGUCGACCGACUAUCAAAUGGAAAAGUCGACCUGACAUAUGGAAGCUCCCUGGAUAUAUUUGGUGGAUCCCUAGUUUCGUUCGAGGAACUGGUCACACACAGCCUGAACCCAAGUCGGACUUAGUUCAUGCUUGCG